CGAGUUGCCCGCAUCCCUCUCGACCCCAGCCCUUCCCCGCCAGCGCCCCGCGCUGCGCAUCAAGCCACCAUGGCGCGCUCGUCCUCGCCCCUGGCCGCCGUGGCGUUGUGCCUCGCGGGCGUUGCCGCGCUGCUGGCAGGCGCCCCAGCCUUCGUGCCCGCCGCCCUCGGCGGCGUGGGCGCGGAGGCCGCCGCCCGCCCGCAGCAGCUGCGCCACGCCGCCGCGGGCGCCGCCCUCGGCCUGCCGCUGGCAGCGACGGCCGAGACGCCGAUCCCGGAGCCCGUGCUGGGCAUCGGCUUCCUGUCGGUGAUCGUCGUGAUCGUUCUCGUCGUCACCGGCCUGGUCGUGGCGCGUGGGCUCAUCGCGGACGACGAGGAGGACAGCGGCCUUUGAUCGACAGGAGGUGCAUUGUUAGUGAGGGGGCUCUUUCAUCCCCCG